GGUUACCGUAACAACCUGUUAAAUCAUGGAACUAGUUCGCUGCAUCGUUGCUGCGUUCAUUGUUUACCUCGAACUUCUGACGUUGGCAUAUCCGAUUUGUGGAGACGGUCUCACUCUGGAGGAGGAAUUACAAGAAUUAACUGAGAAUUACUUUCAAUUCAGGGAAACUCUACUGGCAAAAAAUGUUCAGUUAGAGGAAACAGUCAGAAAACUAGAGGACCAGCUGCAACAAAACAAGGAAAUAAAAAAAAAAUUGGAAUCACAAAUGAGCUAUGUGGAAUUCAAAUUACAGCAACAGGAGCUACGUUUAGCUACCCUAAACCCAUCGAUGUUGACAACUGUUUCAAAUUCCGAUACGCAGCCGGUGGGUGUCCUAAAUGAAAUGGCAACGUCAUACGAGGAUCCACGUCAGCCUGGAAAUAUUUCGAGCGAAUUCUAUUUGUUGCUAAGAAAUGCAACAGUGGGAAACGUCUACUGCAGCCUUACAAGAGUUCCUGACAGUUCAGGAUUCCGGCAGGCCAGUGAAUAUGGUAAUCUGACGUCAUGGCCCGUCUAUUUUUACGUACAAAAAAACAACCUCUUCAGCAAGGAGUCCACUCCUAUUCCAUUUGUUAUUGAAAGAAUCAAUGUCGGAAAAGCGAUGGACGAAUGGUCUGGAAAAUUCACGACACCGCAAACGGGAACGUAUUCUUUCAUCUUCAGUGGAUUGGCCAAGGUUUCAACAUCCUCUUCUCCACUUCGUUUGGGGCUGAAUCUUCAGUUGAAUGGCUCGGAAAUGACAGCAGGACGAGUCGAAGUGGUAGACUAUGUCGUCGUCAGUGAUAAGCUUAUCUCUUUGACCCUCCAAGCAACAUUAAAACUUGAAUCGGGAGAUCGAGUGUGGCUUGAAAUCUUCUCUCUGUCAACAGGAGUGGCUCUGUAUAACGACGGUGCCCAUUUUACCUGCUUCAAUGGUUCGCUAUUGGAGUAGAGAAUCGAAACUCGUAGUAAUUGCUUUGAAGAGGGAAAACGUAAUAACUAGAGAGAAAUAGACUGGCACAACAAUUUACUGAUGUAACUACACGAAAUGUUCAAACGCAGCGAUUAUGAAAAGAAAAAAAAGUUGUACUGGAACACAACGUAAUUUCUGAGUUGGUGAUGAGGCCAUUCAUUCACUGUCCACUUUUGGCUUGUGUUGUAACUCACGGACAAGCUAGACGAACUGUAAUAAUCAAUCAAUUCAUAGCAUGCUAAAGGACGAUCGUGCCGCGCAUGCGAAUAAAGAUGAAAGGGAUACUGUUCUGUCUGAAUGACGUGAAUAUAGCUAUAUCCACGGUACGGAUACACCUUGGCCUAGUUCGUGCAUUGCAAGAAUGGAGGCACCCGAAGAGAACCUUACAUCUUUACAGCAGAGCAUUUCGUUUGAUUUCCCUAUAAUGGGACAGAACAUUACUUACGGCCAAGAAGUGUUCCGGAAAUCGGUCGUCAUUGUCGGCGUGUUUUUGAAUUGCCUCGUUUUCUUUGUGGUGAUGUUUUCGCGACAGAUGCGCUAUCCGCGACACACAUUUUGGGCUGUCAUUGCCUUUUUCGAAUGUGUCUUUUUGGUCAAAUGUGUACUCGAACUGGCCGUCAUUGUGCAUCACGAUCAUUUGGCGUGUCAAAUUCUAGUUCUUCUGGCACCUGUCGACUACUCCAUCCUGUUGCUUUGCCUUUCAUUGGCCGCACUCGAUCGCUAUUUGGCCAUCGUCCGCUACGAAUGGUACAAGUCCAGCGUGAGCAAUCGAGGUGUCAUCGCUUUGAUUUCUCUAUUGUCAACGUUGACUUUUGUCGUGAUUACGACUCCGUUCUGGACUGGCUAUUUUUCCAUUUACACCUGCACGAACAAUUUGACCCACAUGCAUUGGAUCCUCGUUUGGGACUUGUUCUUGGGCACUGCUGGCGUUAUCCUGCAUCUCAUGAUCUUCGUGGAAUCCAAGGCUCUUAUUCAGCAAUAUGUGCCCAAUCGCCAUCAGAAACCGAUUACCGUCAGAUUCGUCCACUCGUCUGCCCGUCAACACAAUUCUCUUUCUGGAAGAGGAGUAGAACAGCCGCCAUCGAAUGAUAGGAUUUUCUUCAGUUUUCCGAAACAUUCAACUUUGGUAGAAAACGAACGAAAUUCCCACCAACAUCUUCCUGCUCAUCAGCCGUCUUCCAUUGAAAACUUUGACAAUGAAUGUUUCCCUUGGAUCAAGGUCAAAAAUCAAGGAGGAUCGAAAUUUAAUCGACUUGAAAUCCGCGCUGCCCUCAACAUGUCCGUUAACAUUCUGCCGUUUUGGUUGUGUACAUUUCCGGUUUCAUGUAGUAUUGUAGUCCUGUACUGGUGUAUCCGGCUCGAGGGCGAGUGCGGUAGCAUUUUGCUGCCAUGGCCUUACUUGUGGAACCUCUUCCUGCUCCAUAGCGUCUAUAAUCCGGUUAUGUAUAUGGCCACCAGUUCAGAAUUCUGGCGGGCUCUCGUUCAUAUUACGAACAAAGUUGCUGCCACGUUUCACAUUAAGCUAGCAAGUGGAAUUUGAACCAGUUGCUUCCUGGCCGUCUUCCCGAAGGAUCGCUAGUUGACGGUUUAUUUUCAUGUUUGUUGGUAAAUGUAUCUAGCUGAUAUCGCCUGACUAUUUCCACUAACAUUUUCUGGGUUGGGUCGAUAAUCCGGAUCACUUUCUCUCUUGUCGUAGAAUUCCAAAUAUGAAUGCUUAGUGUUUACUUUUAUCUGAAAGCAGGGUCACGAUUGUUUUACCGGUACUUUUGUAAUAUUUUUGUAUGGUUGACCGAGUUCGAUCUAAGAGUCUAGUUCUGACAACGUUAUCUUGAAGAAGAACCCGAGGUAAAUGAGUGAUUCCCACCCUCACCUGAUUUUUCAUAGAAAUUUUAAAUUCAUGAUUGGGUUAUAAUUGCUAAAAAAAAAAAAUAGUUAAGGUGCCCAACCAACAGCUUUCUAGUUUAUA